AUGGCUUUCCAGAAGAUGUCGAAUAUGUUCAGCGGAUUCCUGAAACGAGACUCCUCUGAGAUUCCUGGUGUAUGUUACGAGGAUUGCAACGGUGCUUAUGCGGCAGCCCAAGCCGCCGGAAAAACCCCAGCUCUGUGCAAGUCAAAUUCCGUUUUCAUGCUGGAUUUACAGAAAUGCAAUGAAUGCGUUGAUAACUAUUCCCCGACUGGAUUUAAUUCCACCUUGCUGGGCCAGCUUUCGGAAUUCCAACAAUUUUUAGACUACUGCAACACGACUCUCACCAGCAGUAGCGAGCAAUCACAAGUACAAAGCCUCCUCGCGAAAGAAUCGGAUUUGCUCGCUUCCGCACAAUCCCUAAGUGCGCAGAUUGCUUCUCUGGGAAUUACGACCUCGGCAAGCGCGACACAAUCCAGUACUCUCCUGACAACAAAAUCGGGCUCGCAAGGGGUAGUUACUGUUUAUGCUACACAAACGGGAACAGGCUCAGGCGGUGGUGCAGGUAGCAGCAGCCACUCUAGUGCUGCUGUUAUUGCUCCCGCUGUUGUGGUUCCUGUAGUAGGUGUUGCAGUUAUUGUAGUUCUGGGAUUCUUCUUUGUGCGUCGCCGACGGCUUCGAAAGGUCAAGGAUAUUAGUCCUGAUAACCAACCACCCAUUGAUGAUAAACCCCAAUUACAUUCGGAUGAAUUUCGACCAGAGCUUGAAGGAUCAGAUCGUGCAUUCAAGACACAUCAUGAGCUUGGACAGUCAUCUCCCCCGGCUGAGUUACCUGUACAAGAAGAGGUGGCUCGUGAAAUGGAUGGACGGGGCUAG